AAAUACCAGAUUCGCAUUUGUUUAAAUAUGGCGGAAAAUAUUGAACUUCUGAAAACUUGAUUGUGGUUUCCUUAGAAAAGGACAACAUAUAAAGAAUGGUGUUGGGAUCAAAAGCUCAGAAAGUUUCCAGGGACCCAUUUGCGGUUAAACCAUUACCUAAAGCUUAUUAUCACCCAAGUAAACACAGACACCUCUCCAACACACAGAAAAAGACAGCCUUGGGUAACCCCACUAAGGAUGAAGGAAAAUCUGACAAGCAUCCAAAUCCUGAAGAUGAAGUGUUUCUCAUGGGAGGUAAUCGGUAUUUAACUAAAACUCCUCCCCCUGAUGACAAUGUGUCCUCUAAGCUGGAUGAAUCCUGGCCAAGCAGUGAGCGACCAUCUUCUGUGAGUCUGACGGGCAGAGAUGAUAGAAGUCCAUAUGCCUUACACAAAAUGUUAGGUUUAUAUGGUAGAAAAGAGGAUUACUCUGACGUAAAGCAGACUCUGUCUUUCACAGAAACAGACCCCAAGGGGCCAACAGAGGAAGAUCCAUCAACACUGCAGAGGUAUAUUGAGAGAUUUCGGAGAAGUGAACCAAUGAGCCGGGAGGAGAGACAGAGACAAACUGCAGCCAGUGCUAAGGAUUUCUGGUGGAUUGACCCUUCAUUAGCACAAAACGAGCAGAAAAAAAAAUCCUCUGUCAGAAAGGUGGCAGAAAAUUCCCCUCCAGAUGAAAUCACACAGCGACUGCAGGACAGGGCAGAAAGGUUACUGGAGAGGAGUGUGAGCACAGUUUCGUCUACUGACCCUAUUGUAAGUACAGACGGGUUAGGAAGCUCCUGUGACGGAACCUUGUCCAGUUUUGAAGAGCAGCCAUACCGUCCAGCUUUUGCCAAAAAUUUUGAUACUGGUCCCUCAAGACCCCAAUAUCCAUCUCUGAACCAGGAGGUGGCUUCUUAUCCUCGCCCUACUAACAAUGUGCCGGUUUUCCCUCGAGCAACAAAGCCUGCUCGUCCUGAAGAUGACAUCUUACAUCAGUGGCGAGUUAAACGACGACUGGAGUCAGCUAGAGACAUGGCAGACAAAGUUCCAGCUAGUAGGAAUACCUUUGGAUUUCUGUCUAAACAGCCUGACCAGGCAGAGAUGGAGGCAAAGCUGUCUGAGUUCAAGGAACGACUUUCAGGGAAGAGAACUUCCACGGAAAAUCAGCGAAAUCUGGGUGCUAUUCAGUUUACUCCUGUGCCAAAUCAGAACUUUACUGCAGAUCAAAACUCUGAAUAUCUGUCAAAAUUUGACCAGAGAAAAACAGAUAUCAUUCCACCAGUAGCAAGCCCCUCCUUAGGGAAGCCUGGCAAACAGACGGGAGUGGAGCCUCAUUUACAUCUGAUGUGUGACCUACUUCCGUGUCAGCAUUCAAAGCAGUACCAGGAUAGAAUGUCUAAAUCACACACAACAGAGAAGGCAGCACAGCAAAAGACUCGAACAGAAGGUCAAAGUUCAAAGACAGUGGAUGAUAAGAUUAAAGAGGACUCUGAGUUUGAUGUGGGGGAAACAAAGAUGGGAAAAUAUAAGUAUUUACAAGCGGAGAGGCCUGAUGUUGAAAAGAAUAAACCCAGUAAUGAGGAAAGUGGAAGUGAAAGUGAAACUAGCAAAAAUUCAUCUCAUUCUAACAAACAAAAACCGAAUAGAAAGAAUGACCGAAAGAGCCCGAGUGUUGUGUCAGAUGUAAAAGAUUCCGGAGAAGUUAGGUCACAGGGAGUGUGUCACACCACAUCAGAAGAAGAGGUUCCCAGACAAAGAAAUCUAAAGCUUUCCAGAGAAGUGAGGAAAUCGGGAAGUAACCUGACCAAAUCAGAGGAUGAGAAUUUCAGGUCAAAAAAUCUAAAACACUCCAGAGAAAUUAGGUCACAGGGAAGGGACCACACUGAAUCAGAUGAUAAUGUACCCAGACCAAGAGGAUGCCAUAGCCCUUCCAUGAAAAAAUUUGAGAGUGUCAACUCAGCUAUAGGACAGGUCAUCAAGGAUCGGUUAUUUGUAUCUUCACUGAGCUCAGUAAUGGACAGUGUUGACAGCAACAUAUUCGAUCAGGACAGACAAAGUGUAGACUUUACAGAGUCCACAAGAAUAUCGCAUCCUGACAACAGUCAACAGUUGGGAUUAUUGCCUCCUGAUCCCAAGCCACCCACAGGGCUUUCUGACCCCGAUUCCAGCGUUAAAGAAAAACAGGCAGUUGGGAUGAGGAAAGAGAAAUCAGUGAAGGACAUGAGUUCUGCCCCAGACCAGGGGACAGCAGAUAGAGUGAAACAUGUGGCUGCAGUACAGAAUGGGGAGGGUUAUGAAUCUGAUGGGGAAUUUCCAGACGAUCAGCUGUUGCAGAUUCUCCGUAGUCAGCGCUUACAUUACGAGGAACAACUUGGGCACAUUGACAAGCUGCUGACAGAGUUAUCGCCCCUCUCUUGAUACCUAUAUUUAAAAUAAACUACAUGUAUAUAUUUUAACCGAA